UUCCUGAAACUCCAGAGGGACAGUCCUGAAGACUCCUCCCUGGUAGUCAAAAAUUCAAAACUCAGGAGAUGGAGGAGCUGGCCCUCAGAGGUGCUGUCCAUAAAAGCUUUCUGAAACAGGGCAAAACAAAUAAUUAAGAACCAAAGACGUCUCACUACAGACAUGGUUGAAAAGAGGAAAAAAAAGGAACCAGACAGACUUUGGGGUCACAGAGAAAUAAAGCAGAGUUGGAAAGGAGAAAACAGGCCCACUCCCACCUGAGGGAGGUUCCAGGGAAGAACCUCCACCCCCACCUCAGGAAGGUUCCAGGGAAGAACCCCUCCAACCAGGUCACAAUGGCUGGAGCUCUGAAGGGCCGAGGGUCCCUGAGUCAGGAGAGGAGGAAGUCCAAGGAAAGAUGGCUGGCAGUCACCCCUACUUCAACCUGCCUGACUUCACGCAGCCAUCACCGCCCUCUACUCCGCCCAGUCUCCCAUCGCACCAGCGCUGCCGGCCCUCCGAUGCCACCAAGGGGCUGCUCGUGGCCCUGCUGGGUGGGGGCCUACCUGCUGGCUUCGUGGGCCCCUUCUCCCGUAUGGCUUACCAGGCUUCCCACUUUCCCUCGCUGGAGCUACUCAUCUGUCGAUGCCUCUUCCACCUCCCCAUUGCCCUGCUACUUAAACUGCGUGGUGACCCCCUCUUAGGACCUCCCGAUGUCCGAGGUCGGGCCUGCCUCCACGCCCUGCUCAACGUCCUCAGCAUCGGAUGUGCCUACAGUGCAGUUCAGGUGGUGCCUGCUGGCAAUGCUGCCACCGUCCGCAAAGGUUCUUCCACUGUCUGCUCUGCUCUCCUCGCCUUCUGCCUCGAGAGCCAGCGUCUCAGCGGCUAUGACUGGUGUGGCUUGUUGGGCAGCACUCUGGGACUCAUCAUCAUUGUGGGACCUGGACUAGGGACCCUGCAGGAGGGGACCACGGGCCUCUACACCGCCCUAGGCUAUGUGCUUGCUUUCCUAGGUGGCCUGGCACUGUCACUGGGGCUCCUGGUGUAUCGCUCCCUCAACUUUCCCUCCUGCCUUCCAACGGUGGCCUUCCUGUUUGGUUUGGUGGGGCUGGUGGGUUCUGGGCCAGGCCUCUUUAUGCUGCAGACCCCCGUGCUGCCCAAGGAUCCUCUGAGUUGGAGCUGUGUGGGGGCAGUGGGGAUUCUUGCCCUAGUCUCCUUUGUGUGUGUGAGUUAUGCGGUCACUAAGGCCCACCCCGCCCUGGUAUGUGCUGUCCUGCACUCUGAGGUGGUGGUGGCCUUGAUGCUGCAGUACUAUGUGCUCUAUGAGACCGUGGCACCUUCUGACAUCAUGGGGGCAGGGGUUGUUUUGGGCAGCAUCGCCAUUAUCACUGCCCAGAACCUCAGCUGUGAGAGGGAAGGGCAGGUGGAGAAGUGAGAUCCAACUUGAGAGCCUGGGGGUGGGGGUGGGGGCUGGGUAAAUAGAAGGACAAACUGGAAUACUAACAUGGGAGAACAAGUGACUAGGAAAGAACUGGUGUGGGAGAGAGAUACCCCUUUGAGUCAAGGAUGACUUGGGGACUUGGUGGAGAGGGACUGCCGAGAAGACUUGUAAUAAGCCUGGAGACCAACACAUUUGGCGUCUAGGCUGGGGCUUGAAGGAAGGUCUGAGGAGCAGGUCCAAGGAAGGGGCUGAGGCAGGCAGGCCAUAAAACACGGAGAGGAUUUUCCCCUGGGCAGCAGAGAGAAGAGCUUUGGGGCUGGAGUGCUUGGGGCUUUCAGGCAAACGGAGCAAGCAGCUGCGCUGGGGGAAGGGAGUGUGCUUUUCUUUCCCUGAGCGAUGGUUUCCCUUCCUCGUGGUUAUACCUACUCGCCUUGGGGUGGUGACGUGAUAUUGACAUCAAACAAGGAUCACUCUGAAUGUGGCUGUGCAGUUGGUGUCAUCUCUGCUUUGGAAGGACAGUGGAAGUCCUACUCCCCCCUUUCCCCCGGCUUGGAGAAUCCCCUGGGAUCCCCGCACCUUCCGCCCCAUCUUAUUUUUGAAAUACUCUAGGAGGGGGAGGAUUUCCUAAUGUUCAGAUGCCUUGACCCCUAGUCCCUCAGGACUUCUGUGUCCCGCCCAAUGGUUAAUCUGCUUUUCUUGGAUUGUCGCGGUCCCGUGAUCUCUCCCGGACGGCGGUGGCCAACGUCCUUCCGGAGCAGGCCGCAGAGCUGAGGCCUCUGAGCGGCUCAGGUCGGGGAUCCAGAACCAGAACUCCAUACAGCGCCCUACAUCAGAGGCCAGGAGAUGCCCACCCGUCCCAGGAGGCAGCUAGACAGCUAUCAGCUACUUCCGGACCAGCAAUCGGCCUCGCCAUCUUGAUCUGUUCUUGCAUAUUCAGAGAGAUUACUGCAUAUUCAUGAUCAAGAAUGGCCCCCGCACUCCCCCACUCCGGGAACCCACUUGGGAGGAUCCGACCGGCCCCGCCUCCUUCAUUACAGAAUCUCAGAACAGACCAUUUUCCAGCGUGGGGGAUUAUAUUAAUAAGAAACUUUAGCUAAAGAUGAAACCGCACGCCAAACUAGAAUAAAACUGGCCUAUAUUUA